CCGAUAGGUUGGACACUAACAAACCAAAACAAAAACAUGCCGAAAUAUUUUGUUUUCGUGGGGUUUUUCUUAACCCUCAGCUGCCAGUUUAACCUGUUGCUGGCCCUCAGCCCGAAGAACAAGACCUGCGAGAAACUGCUGGGGGAACUGGGCGAUGGACAGAGCAAGUUUAUCUACUGCGCCACCACGAAAUCGGUGCCCGUGAACCUUUGUCUGGGUUGCGAGGAUCUCUACCGGAAUCUCAGCGAGGAUUACAAGAGUCUCCUGGCGGACGCCAACUGCUCCAAGCGGUAUCUCAACUCGGACAGGAUCAACAUCGUGGCCACCACCCAGGGAAUCCUCACCAGCCUCUGGCAGAAGGCCAACUGCGAAAAUUGCUUCAAGGAUCAGUAUUGGUAUCAAUACGAUAAUAAAUCCAUCGAUUUGCAGUCCUGUCUGGACCACAGUAGACCGGAUCUUAUUUGCCUGGAAUGUAAACCCUUCUAUUUGGCCCUAAACGAUUUGUAUCUUAAGAUGGAGUCGGAAGUUCACGGAAAUGUGUGCUUCGAUCUGCAGGAUAAUAUGAACCGCACUCGUCUGAACUGGUCCAAAACCCUCAAUUGUUGUCAACGCGAAGUGAAGCUGACCAACUUCCUCAUCGCCGUGUGCGUGGUGGUCCUCCUGCCCAUUCUAACCUUCUAUAUCACGGCAAUUGUGGUGACCAAGCGGCGUGAGGCCAACCAUGGUUUGCUCAAUGAUCAGGAACCCGAACUGGAUGCUCCUUCCACAUCGAGACUCAUCACUGCCGCCGUGCUGUCCACUCCAGUCGAAGAUCCUGCUGUAGUCUCGGCACAAAUAGAAAAAAUAGCCAAUGUUUUGAGCCGAGCAGAAGCUCAUCAAUCGGAGGAUUCCGAUCACGAGGAGCCUGGCUUAAAGCAGAAAGUACUAAACAGCGUGGGUCCCGUCUCCGACUAUUCCAGUGAUGAAGAGCCGCCCAAGAGGCCAGAGGUCUUGUUUAGUCCCGAAUCCGAUUACUCCAGCGAUGAUGAGCCUAUAGGAAAGCCCAAAAGAGCGUGAAAUUGAAGGGGAAUUCUCUAUUUCUAAGGAAGAACCUGGUAACAAACACUAUCAGCUUUAAGGUACUUCACAGCAUUAUCAAAAUAUUGAAGGAAUUUCUCGUUUGUUUCCGAAUAUAUUUUAGGAAACAUCUUCUCCAGCUUGUGCCUAACCAAAUAUAAGAUAUUUUUAUAUAACAA